UCCAUUUUUUUUGUUGCGUCUUUAUAUUUUGAACCAACAGUGUCUUCUUCCCAGUUCGCAGCUUUUAACUUUGCUCUGUCCAGCUUUUUUUAGUCAAACAGAAGUUUUUGCACUUCUGUCUUUUUUAUUCUACGUUCACAUAGAUUCAAUACUCCGCUGUCAUGUCUGGAAAAGUUAUUCUGCACUAUUUCAAUGGAAGGGGAAAAAUGGAGUCAAUUCGCUGGCUUCUUACCGUUGCAGAAGUGGAGUUUGAAGAGCAUUAUCUGACCAACAGAGAUCAGUACUUAAAACUCCUGAAUGAGGGGUCGCUCAUGUUUCAACAGGUUCCGCUGGUGGAGAUUGAUGGCCUUAAACUUGUGCAGACAAAAGCAAUCCUGCACUACAUCGCAGAGAAAUACAAUCUCCACGGAAAAGACAUCAAAGAACAUGUCAUGAUCGACAUGUAUGCAGAGGGACUGAUGGAUCACAUGGAAAUGUUCAUGGUCCUCCCCUUCGUCACAGACACCAAACCCAAACUUGACAAUAUUCGGAGCAAAGCAGAAGAGCGCUACCUGCCAGUAUUUGAAAAGGCACUUACUGGACCCGUGUACCUGGUGGGAGGAAAACUAAGCCUUGCAGAUGUGCUCCUGGUUGAAUGUACUUUGAUGCUGGAGGAGAAAUUUCCUGACAUACUCAAGGAAUUUCCCAACAUCAAGUCCUUCCAAGGCAGGAUGACUCAAAUCCCAGCCAUCAGCAGGUUUCUGCAGCCGGGCAGCAAGAGGAAGCCGUUGCCAGAUGAAGGUUACGUCAAGACAGUCAAGGAAGUGUUCAACAUCACAGGACCCUUUCCAUAAUACUCUCUUCCACCAAAAUCUGGUUCAUUAAUCAAGAAAGCACUAAUAAACCUAAUCAUGUGAACAUCUCUGGUGUAGUUCUGUUGAUAACACUGGACUGAAAAACUAAUCUUAUUCACAGGAGUUGAUUGGUGGAACCUUUUCAAAAAGGCGUAAACUAAGUAAAUGGAGAAGUUUUGAGAUGACA